GGUAACGGAAUUUUGGACAAUGUCGACACCGGGACGAUUAAAAUUACGAUCAAAAAAUAGAAUUAAAGAAAAAAUAAAUAAUAAUGAAUUAAUAUUCGAACAAAGUAUUAACGUUCAAGAACAAGAGAAAAUAAAAGAGUUAUGGAAGUUUUUAGAUCUGCAAUGUGAUUUGCAACCAUUCAAACCAUUGCAAUCAAGAAACAAAUUAUCUUUAUGUUCCUCUAAACCUAAUCGUCCUUACGAUCUUUUCGAAAAAUCCAAACAAUUUGUAUGUGAUAAAACUUCUAUUUUAAAAUCAACAUCUUCGUCCGACGAAGAUUUAGAUAAAAAAAGAAUUUGGUAUCAUGGCUUACGAUUUUUUCAAAAAAUUGGAUUAGACAAGGCUGUCCUCUUUAAAGACAAAUGUAAAUUCUGUCUCGCGGAAAAAGAUCUCGAGGAAAUGAACACGGAUUAUACCGAUACAAUAUCUCAAACGUACGAUGAACUGAAAGCGGAAAUGGCAUCUUUUGAAAACCGAUUAGCAAUACGUGAAGUGGAAAAUUUGAAUAUUCUAAAAAAUUAAUUGACGGUAUUUUAAUUCGUAUGGAAGCAAAUUCUUCGUGAAGAAAUUAAAUAAAAGAUUGCGCGUGGACCAUUUUUCGAAGUAGUUUAAAGAGCAACGUUGGACAAAGGUGAUCAGAAGAUCCUUUCGAUAGAGAGACGAAGGCUCUUCCCUUGUGCGAGUCUGCGUUCGAUGACCACCGAUGCGGACAGUAGCCAUCUUGAAAACAGGGUCCCGUUUCGUGGCUUCUUCUUGGGAAGAUGUGCUUGUAUUUGUUCGCGUAUAUAUAAGACGAGUGUGCAGAAGAGAACAAGAGAAAGAGAGAAAUGAUAGAUAGAUAGAUAGAGAAAGAGAGAGAGAGAGAGAGAGAGAGAAAGAGAGAGAGAGAGGUAGACGGUGAAACACGGCGAGAGGAUGUGGGGGUGCAUUCUGGCUCAUUGGGCAGAUGAACAAAUUCGUCAUGACGUACCCGUGGAUUACGUGCAGGCCCACGUUGGUCCCCGAACUUUGGGGCCCUGUGCAUCAAAGAAUGGAAGGAGAAAAUCAGGGUGGAGGAGACACGUCCCCUGUCUUAUCUUCAAUAUCUUUUCUC